GUCCAAUGGACAGGAGGUGGAGAAAUGGAAGGUGGGAAGAUAUUAUGGUUUGGAACAGAGAGGGAGCACGUCUAUGGAGUUGGAAUGGUUAUUGGCAAAAAAGCACUGUUGGAGUACAAUCCAGUGAAUGAAAGAAUGAUGUAUGCGAGGUUUAAGGGAUACCCGAGAGACAUUGAUGUGGUAGUGGUCUAUGCUCCAACAAUGGAUCACUCGGAUGCAGAAAUCGAGGCAUUCUACGAUCAACUGGAGCAAACAUUGAAUGUACUGCCAAAGAAAGAUGUUAAGAUAAUCACCGGAGAUUGGAACGCAAAGAUCGGAAGAGACAAUAUUGGUUUUGAAGAAGUCAUGGGAAAAUACGGUAUAGGAAACAGAAAUAAUAGAGGAGAAAGACUGCUGGAAUUUGCAAAGGACCAAAAAAUGUAUAUAACAAAUACAAAAACACAAAAUACAAAAAAAUGGACACGGGAAUCACCAGAUGGAAAAACAACGAACAUGAUAGAUUUGAUUUUGAUAGAACAGAAAUGGAUGAAAUUUGUUACUCAGUGCCGUGCUUUUCCAAGUGCAGAGAUUGGAUCAGAUCAUCGUCUAGUGUUAUGCAACGUCAAGAUGAAAAUA